CUGGGGGGUUUGGGAUCCUUAAUUCCGGGAAAUUUUGGGGGUUUGGGGUCUUUAAUUCUUGGGAAAUUUGAGGAAUUAGGGUCUUUAAUUUGUGGAAGAAAUUGAGGAUUUGGGGUCUUUAAUUCCUGGAAGAAAUGGAAAUUUGGGAUCCUUCCUGGAAUUUUAGGAGCUGGAAUUUUCUGGGGACUGAAAUUUUAGGGACAGGAAUUUUUUAGGGCUGGGAUUUUUUUGGGGGACUGAAUUUUUAGGGACUGGAAUUUGUAGAUCUGGAAUUUUUUUGGGGGGGGAUUUUUUGGAUUCUCCAGGAUCCUGGAGCAGGCGAUGGAUCCGUGGGGGGAGGAAGAGGAGGAGGAGGAGGAGCCGGAGGUGAUUUUUGGGGAUGAGGGGGAGGAAGAUCCCUACAAUCCUAACGGGAUCCAGGGAACCCCAGACUCGAACCCAACGUUGGCGGACGCUCCGGAAAUCGCGGAGUUGGAUCCCGGCGCCCUCUUCCCGAGCGCGGACCUUUCCGAGCGGGAAACUCUCCGUUGGACCGUGGUCCAACAAAUCGACCCCGGAACGUCGGCGAAAAGCCGGAGAAGUGGGAGAGGCCCCAAAUCCCAAAGCUUCUCCAACUUCAAGAGCAUCAUCGUGCUCCAAAAGAGCUACGAGUGCUCGGAAUGCGGCAAGAGCUUCAGCUGCAGCUCCCAUUUCUCCAAACAUCGCCGGACGCACACCGGCGAGAAACCCUUCCGGUGUUUCCACUGCGGGAAGAGCUUCAACGUCUCUUCCAACCUCUACCGGCACCAGCGCGGCCACGGCGGUGCCGAGGCGGCGCCGGAAAAGCCCCGCGGGCUUCCCUACAAAUGUCAGGAAUGCGGGAAGAGUUUCCGGCGGAACAAAGAGUUGGCCACUCAUCAGCGGCUCCACACGGGGAAUCUGCCCUUCCAGUGCGGCGAUUGCGGCAAGAGUUUUUCUUGGAGCUCCCACUGGCUUCGGCAUCAACGGAUUCACACCGGCGAGAAACCCUACGAGUGCCCGGAGUGCGGCAAGAGUUUUUCCAGGAGUUCCCAUCUUUACCGGCACCAGCGCGGCCACGCCGGGGGCCGCUCGUACAUCUGCACCUACUGCGGGCGGAGCUUCGGCAGCAUCCUCCACUUCGAGCGGCACCAACGGACGCACACCGGCGUCAGGCCCUACAAAUGCUCCCUGUGCCGAAAGAGCUUCGGCGACGCGCCGGCGUUGGUGAAACACCAACGGAUUCACCUGGGCGAGGGCCCCUUCCAGUGCGAGGAAUGCGGGAAAGGCUUCGGUGCGCGCUCGCAGUACGCGCGGCACCGGCGGAGUUUCCACGGCGGGUCCGGCGCCGAGAAGCCGUAUCGGUGCGAGGAUUGCGGGAAGAGUUUCUCCUGGAGCUCCCACUGGGAGAGGCACCAACGGAUUCACACCGGGGAGAAACCCUACGAGUGUCCUGAGUGCGGGAAGAGCUUCGGGAGGACGUCCCACCUUUACCGGCACCAGCGGACGCACGCUGGGGGUCGGCCCCACGUCUGCGGCGAGUGCGGGAAGAGUUUUAAUUCCACCCUCCACUUCCAGAAGCAUCAGCGGGCGCACGGAGCCGGAGCCCGGAAAAGUUGCGGCGAGUGUGGGAAAUCCUUCUCGGAUCCGUCGGCGUUGGCCAAGCAUCAACGGAUCCACGAGGAAUCCCAGAAAAGUGGGAAAUCCUUGGUUGAUUCGUCAACGUUGGCCAACCAUCAACGGGUCCACGAGAAAUCCCAAAAAAGUGGGGAAUCCUUGGUGGAAUCCCAAAAAAGUGGGGAAUCCUUGGUGGAAUCCCAAAAAUCCUGCUCGGAAUGUGGAAGAACCUUUGGAGAUCCUUCAACGUUGGCCAAGCACCGACGGCUCCACGAUUCCGGCCGGAAUUUCGGGACAGGAUCCCAACUCCGGAGGCACCUCCGGAGUCACGGAGAGGAGGAAAUGCCAGAAGGCCGCCUCCAGCGGGACCGGGACCGGGUCGGGAACGGGAGUGGGAUCGGGAUCAGGAUUAGAACCGGGCUCGGAUUUGGGAUUUUGGGAGAAAUGCAGGAGAACUAUGAGAACGUCAUUUCCUUGGCCGAGGAAAUCGCCAUCAGUUGGCCGCGGAUCACCGCCUUCGCCGAAUCGCACCGGAGACGCGGCCUGGGCGCCGCCGCCGAAGCCGAGGGGGACCAGCCGCACCCCUCCCCCCCCCCGGCGCCGCCCCCUCCCCCGGGGGUCUCGGGCGAUGGGGGAGGGGCGGAGCCGGAUCUGCGCCGGCAGCUGGGGCUGAUCCUGCAAACGGCCGGGAGGAGCCAGGUGGAAAAAAUGCUGCGGGAAUUGGUGCGGGAGCAGGGCCAGGCAGGAAAACGCCGGAACCGGAGGAGAGCGGCCAAAGACGGGGGCGCCGGCGCCAGUAGCGGCCCCGAGGACGAUCCCACCCCUCCGGCCCCCCAAGAGCCGCCGCCGCCUCACCCGCCAACCGACGACGACCCUCCGUCCACCGGGAAGAGCCGAAAACCCACCGGAAGCUGCUCGGAAUGCGGCAAGAGCCCGGCCAAGCCCCGGCGCUGCUCCGAGUGCGGCCGGCGCUGCCGUCAGCCGGAACGCGGCGGCGCGGCGGCGGAGAAACCGCACCGCUGCGGCGACUGCGGCAAAGGCUUCAGCCGCGGCUCCAACCUGGCGCAGCACCGGCGCAUCCACACCGGCGAGCGGCCGCACCGGUGCGGGGAUUGCGGCAAGGGAUUCAUCCAACGCUCCGACCUGGAGCGGCACCGGCGCGUCCACACCGGCGAGCGGCCGUACCCCUGCGGCGACUGCGGCAAACGCUUCAGCGUCAGCUCGCACCUGGACCGGCACCGCCGCACUCACGCCGGCGGGCCGGGACCGCCCGAGCAACCCCGCGCCAAAACCAAAACGGCGACGCCGGCGGCGGAAUCGGCGCCGUACCGUUGCCCGGAUUGCGGGAAGAGCUUCGGGCAACGCUCGGCGCUGGCGAAACACCGCAAGACGCACACGGGCGAGCGGCCGCACCGCUGCGGCGACUGCGGCAAGAGCUUCAGCCGCGGCUCCAACCUGACGCAGCACCGGCGCAUCCACACCGGCGAGCGGCCGUUCGCCUGCGGCGACUGCGGCAAGGGAUUCAUCCAACGCUCCGACCUGGAGCGGCACCAGCGCGUCCACACCGGCGAGCGGCCGUACUCCUGCGGCGAGUGCGGCAAGAGCUUCAGCGUCAGCUCGCACCUGGACCGGCACCGGAAAAUCCACGCCGCCGAACGCGCGUCCUACCGGUGCCCGGAGCAUCUGGCCGGGUUUUUGGCGGCUCACCGGCACGGGAGGCUCUUCCAGUGCGGGCAGUGCGGGCGGUGUUUCGGUCAAGGCGCGGCGCUGUUGAAGCAUCAACGGUCUCACGGCGGCGCCGGCGGCGGCGGUUCGGCCGCGCCGAAAUGCCUGGAUUGCGGGAAAAGCCGGGGGUUGUGCCAGGAUUGCGGGCGGCAACCGGAAGCGGCGCCGGCGGCGCCGGAGAAGCCGUACAAGUGCCAGGAAUGCGGGAAAAGCUUCGGGCAGCGCUCGGCGCUGGUGAAGCACCGGCGCAUCCACACCGGCGAGAAACCCUACAAAUGCCAAGAUUGCUCCAAAGGCUUCAUCCAGAAAUCCGACCUCACCAUCCACCGCCGGAUGCACACCGGCGAGAAACCCUACGAGUGCCGGGAGUGCGGGAAGUGCUUCAGCGUCUCCUCCAACCUCCUGACCCACCAGCGGACGCACCUGGGCGAGAAACCCUUCCAGUGCUCCGAGUGCGGCAAGAGCUUCAUCCAGCGCUCCGAGCUCACCAUCCACCGGCGCGUGCACACCGGCGAGAAGCCCUACAAGUGCCCGGAGUGCGGCAAGUGCUUCAGCCGCAGCUCGCACCUCAACCGGCACCAGCGCACCCACGGCAAAGCCGGCGCCGCCGCCUCGUCCUCGUCCUUCUCCUCCUCCUCUUCCUCCUUCUCCUCCUCCUCCUCCUCGUCCUCGGUGCCGGCGGCGCCGGCGGCGCCGGAGGUUUGGCCUUCCCGGCGUUCCCGGGCUCCUCGGCUGUGCCGGCGGCGUUGGAGCUGCCCUGGGCGUUGGCGUUGCCGGGCCGGGCGUUCCCGGGGUUUCCGGUGGGUAAUUAGCGAGGUGGUUAAUUAG